AUGUUGCCUUCCUACGACACUUCCAGGAGGACAGUGACGAACACCCCAUCCUCGAAAGCUAUUCGGCCGACCCAGACUAUGCCUCUGAGCCACACCACUUCUGUACCCUACCAGCCUGGAGGAUUUACGUUUAACCCCUCGGUGAACCCAUACAACAUGAUGGACUACCCAAUGGUCCACACUGUUGCAUACUCCGGUACCAGGACUCCACCAGUCAAGCCCGAGGCGACCUCCCCGACACACCUAGGCCUCAACGAUGCCAGUUCCGCCGACAACUGCAGCAGUGUCAAUUUCCCAGUCGACAAUGACGUCCUAAUAAAGGUCAUCCAGGCCAAGCCAAAACCAGCCCAACGACAGCGGGAUCCCAGCAAGGUACUGCCCCCGAACCAACCGCUCGUUGCAUCGCCAGUUGCUCACCAGCUUGCAAAGCCCAGCAGUGACAUCGAGAAACAAAAACCGAGGCAAAGGUCGAAAGGAAUAUACCAGUGCAGUAUGUCAGACUGCUACAAGAUCUUUUCCCGAAAGUCCCACCUCGAAAUCCAUACUCGUGGUCACAAUGGAGUCAAACCAUUUCUGUGCAAGGAGCCUUCUUGCGGCCAUCGAUGUUCUCAACUGGGGAACCUCAAGACUCAUGAGCGAAUACAUACUGGGGAACGACCGUAUGAUUGCGACAUUUGCGGUAAGACUUUUGCACAACGUAGCAACGUUCAGUCACACAAGAUCGUGCACCUACAGAUCAAACCAUACACGUGCAGAUUUGAUAACUGCGAUAGGCAAUAUACCCAGCUGCCAAAUCUCUAG